AUGGAGACUCGAUAUGAAACAUCAUCAAAAUUAAUGAAAGUAAUAUCGAAAAAAGUCUGGCAGGAUAAUGAUAACAAAAAAACAUCAAAAUUGAACUCUUCAGAAGUCUCAAAUUCAACUAAUUUGUCAGAUUCAGCCAAUUUAUCUAGUUCUUCAGAAGACAUAAGUUUGGAACAAGGACUGAUUUCUGUUCAAACUAAACGAAGAAAAAAUAAAAAAUUUAAAGAAUUGGAAUCAGAAGCUGAUGAUAAACCUUAUUUAGAUUUUAUAUUAUCUGACGAAGAAUCUAUAUUAAAUAAUGAAAGUGAAGAUUCUGAAAAUUCUGACGAUAAUGAAGGAGAUUUUUCUCAGAAUGAACGAUUUAUAGCUCCCAAUUGGGAUGAUUUUGAUGACAGUAAUGAUUUUACAUAUCUUAAUCCAAGUACUGAGUUUUCUGAAACUUGGAUAUUAUUAUGGAUAUAUAAAUUUCAAUUGAGAUUUCAUCUAUCUGAUGUCGCUAUAAAUUCCUUGAUUGCAUUUUUCGGUCAAGUGUUAAAAGAUGUCGAUCUAAAGCAAUUUCAUAAAUUCCCAUCCUCAUCUCACAAUGCAAAGAAAUUGUUACAAAUUGAAAAGAUUGCAAAAACAUAUGUUGUAUGUCUAAAAUGUAACAAAUUACAUAAUUAUGCAGAAAUUUCAAAAGAUAAUAAAUGUAAAUUUGUCGAGUUUCCUAAUCAUCCAAUGAAGAAACAUUGGCAAAAUAUGGAACAGCACUACUAA